UUGAUUUCUCCCCCACCCCUUCCUCCUCUUCCUCUUCCGAUAAAAACCGGCAGCUGCUGCAACCCUUUCUCCGCCUCCUCCUCCUUUCUUCCACCGCAAGCGACAGGACAAGGAUGAGAUGGUGAGUACUCGGCAUUUCAAGCCAGAUCCCCGUCUCCUCCUUCUCCCCUUGUUCUUGCUCCUCCUCCCUGUCGCCUCCUCGUGCGCCGGCCGUGAUGGCCACAUGCGGCGGCUACGGCGGCACCUCCAAGAUCGGGGGGAAGAUAUACCGGCCAACUCCUCCGCCUUCCCCAACCCUCGCCUCCGCGACGCCUACAUUGCACUCCAGUCUUGGAAGCUCGCCAUCCUCUCCGAUCCCUUGAACCUCACCGCUGACUGGGUCGGCCCCGGCGUCUGCGCCUACACCGGCGUCUUCUGCUCUUCCCUCCCCUCCGACCCCAACCUCACCGUAGUCGCCGGCGUCGACCUCAACCACGGCGACCUCGCCGGCUACCUCCCCGACCAGCUCGGCCUCCUCGCCGACCUCGCCCUUCUUCACAUCAACUCCAACCGUUUCUGCGGCACCCUCCCCCGCUCCCUCCGCCGCCUCGCCCUCCUCCACGAGCUCGACGUCAGCAACAACCGCCUCGCCGGCCCUUUUCCCGACGUCGUCCUCCGCCUCCCCUCCCUCAAGUACCUCGACCUCCGCUUCAACGAGUUCGAGGGCGCAGUGCCCCCGCAGCUGUUCGACAAAGACCUCGACGCCAUCUUCAUCAACCACAACCGCUUCGCCUUCGACAUCCCCGACAACAUCGGCAACUCCCCCGUCUCCGUCAUCGUCCUCGCCCACAACCACUUCCGCGGCUGCCUUCCGGCCAGCCUCGGCAACAUGUCGAGCACGCUCAACGAGAUCAUCCUCAUGAACAGCGGCCUCAGCUCGUGCUUCCCUCCCGAGAUCGGCCUCCUCACCGGCCUCACCGUGCUCGACGUCAGCUUCAACAAGCUCGUGGGGCCGCUACCGGACUCGCUCGGCCGGAUGCUCAACCUCGAGCAGCUCGACGUCGCGCACAAUCUCCUCUCCGGUGGAAUCCCCGCCUCGAUCUGCCGCCUGCCGCGGCUGAAGAACUUCACUUACUCCUACAACUUCUUCGCCGAGGAGCCGCCUCAGUGCUUUGCGGUGGAGUCGUUCGACGACCGCCGGAACUGUCUAUCCGGCAGGCCGAAGCAGCGAACCCAGCGCCAAUGUGGGUCGUUCCUCUCCCACCACCACGUCGACUGCUCUGCUUUUGGCUGCAAGCCCUUCGUGCCGGCUCUGCCGCCGCCGUCCCCUCCUCCGCCUUCUCCGCCGCCACCAUCACCUCCUCCGCCAUCCCCGUCGCCGCUGCCACCGUCGCCUCCCCCGCCAUCUCCUCCACCACCCUCACCUCCUCCGCCAUCUCCUCCACCACCGUCGCCUCCUCCACCAUCUCCACCGCCGCCGUCGCCUUCACCACCACCGCCACCGUACUGUGUCCGAUCCCCGUCACCACCUGUCUACUGCCCACGAUCUCCAUCGCCACCAGUCUACUGCCCGCGAUCUCCUUCACCGCCUGUUUACUGCAAACGAUCUCCACCGCCACCUUCCCACAACUCUCCUCCACCACCGGUGCAUUCUCCACCGCCUCCGAUCUAUUCACCUCCGCCGCCGCCCAACUCACCGCCACCUCCGAUCUAUUCACCUCCUCCACCGCCCAACUCACCCCCACCUCCGAUCUAUUCACCUCCUCCACCGCCUAAUUCACCACCCCCUCCGCCGCCUAAUUCACCACCCCCUCCGCCACCUAACUCACCGCCCCCUCCGCCGCCUAGUUCACCACCACCUCCGAUCUAUUCACCCGCUCCGCCGCCAAAUUCACCACCCCCUCCGCCACCAAACUCGCCACCACCUCCGCCGCCUAACUCACCACCACCUCCGCCGCCUAGUUCACCACCACCUCCGAUCUAUUCACCUCCUCCACCGCCUAACUCACCACCACCCCCGCCGCCUAACUCACCGCCACCUCCGCCGCCUACCUCAUCACCACCCCCUCCUCCUCCACUGCACUCUCCACCGCCACACUCACCUCCGCCUCCACCUCCAUGCAUAGAGCCGCCACCACCUCCGUGCGUCGAGCCGCCACCUCCCCCAUGCAUCGAGCCACCACCUCCCCCAUGCAUCGAGCCGCCAUCACCUGGUCCCUCAGCUCCCCUGUAUGAACCCCUACCGCCCGUCGUCGGAGUCACCUACGCGUCCCCUCCGCCUCCUUUCUACUAAUUCUUUUUCAAAUCUUCCUCGUCACCCACCCACCCACCCUCCAAUCCCCAAAUUUAGGAUUUCAUUUCCUUUUGCCCCUUGUUUACUGAAUUCAUGUGUUUGCAGUCUCGUCGUCUUCUCCAUCAAAAUCUCUUUUCCGUUUCUUAUUCUUCCCAUCUUUCUCAAGGUGAUGAAGACUCGAAAACAAGGCACGGAGAGAGCGUCUCCAUGGUCGUUCGAAGGGUGAUGAUACAUAUAUAUGAUUCGGGGUUGUGAAUAAACGAAUGGGUUUAUGAGAGGCAGUCAAGAAUCAGAGCGAGAGAAACAGAAAAAGUGUAGGUGCAGUGAAACUUAAUGUAUAGUAGAGCAUGCGACUCUAAAAAGUAAACCAUCAUCUCAUUCCCUACUAUGCUUGUUUUCGUUUCA